AGAAUGUAGUUGCCGAACGGAACUCGGAGAUUGAGUUUUGCAAGCCCGUGUGUCUACACCAACUCUAAGCUAUUUCUUCCGACAGAUUUAUUUACUGGAAGAAUGUUCACUGGUGCCGAUGGCAACGUUGUAUUAGCGCCUACUAUUUUAGGAAAUAACGGAUGCUGUGGAGGCAUACACUCUGGAAACAAGUUCCAUGCAGAUAUAUUCUUUGUUGCGUCCUACUUUAGUUACUACGCUUUUUAUUGAGUUGCCGGAUAAAAGAAAACUUUUUCGUUAGCCGAAAUGGUUCCUUCAUCAACACCACCGUGUCACUAAUCGUUAAUGGACUUCGUUGACUUCUCUGACGAAAUACAGCGCCGUCCGUCCACUCUUUCUGGUCUCAGUUCGACCAAUCACCAUGGCCAGAAUAUAUCUGAACAUGGUAGGAGCUUAGAAAAACCUAGACGCUCAGGCUCGAUGAAACCAAAGAACUUGAUUUCUGACUCAGAAGACGGUACUCUGGCAGCUGAGGAAGUCAAGGAAGCCAACGCUGUAGAAAGACGUGAGGAGGAUAUCGAAAAGGGAGACGAGAGUGGUGCCAAAGAAGAACCCAGGACUGAAACCGAUCCCUUCCUCGUAGAAUUCACGCCAAACGAUCCGGAUAAUCCUAAGAAUUGGAAAACCUGGUACAAAUGGCACUGCACUAUGCUCUCCUCUCUCCUCAUCUUGAACAGCACUCUUGCAUCUAGUAUACCGACCUCUGCAAUGCCCUUGAUUAUGGCGGAAUUCAAUGUUGACCAGGAAGUUGCGAUCCUGCAAAUCACUCUUUUCUUGCUUGGUUAUGUUAUAGGACCAACUGUGUUAGCACCAUCUUCAGAAAUACUAGGUAGAAAGCCUGUUUUCAUCGUUACCUUAUUCGUUUACACUGCUGUCACUAUUGGAUGUGCACUCGCGCCAAACAUCACCUGUCUACUGCUCUGUAGAUUGAUCACCGGUACGGCUGCUGCCAGUCCACUCACCAAUUCUGGUGGUGUAUUGACUGAUAUCUGGACCAUCGACAAGUUGGGUAUCCCAAUGUCUUGCUUCUCUGUCGCGCCAUUCUUGGGACCAGUCUUAGGACCAAUUUUGGGAGGAUUUGAAGCACAAUACGCGAAUGUAGGAAGCUCCAAGAAUUGGCAAUGGGUAUACUACACAUGUCUUAUUUUCGGAUUUGUCUGUUUCUUAAUGGUUGUUUUCCUACUUCCAGAAACAUACGGACCAACCAUUCUCGAGAAGAGAGUCAAGAAACUGCGCAAAGAGCAUAAAGAUGAUCGUUACUAUUGUAGUAGCAUGAAGAACCGCCCUCCAAUUGGCGAACUCCUUAAAGUAUCCCUUACGAGACCAAUAAGACUGCAGUUCACUGAACCUAUUAUUAUCUUCAGUUCAAUCUAUGUCUCUAUUGUCUAUGGUGUUCUCUACAUUAGUUUCGAGAUGUUCCCUCUCGUAUUCCAAGGUGUCCAUCACAUGUCCGUCUCUAUGUCCGGAUUGUCAUUCAUUUCAAUCGCGAUUGGUAUUGCAUUUUUCUUGGUGGUCACAAUCAUUUUCGACAAGCGUUUCCGUAAGGUAGCAAUGCAAACUGGUAAAGUUCCACCACCGGAAUUGCGUUUAGAGCCAACUAUGUGGAUUGGAUCAUUUGCCUUUGCUAUAUCUCUUUGGUGGUUUGCUUGGACGUCUUACGACUUCGUCCCAUGGCAGGCUCCAAUGGCAGCCGGUAUUCCUCUUGGAUUUGGUAUUGUCAUGAUCUUCAUGUCUUUCCUUAACUACCUGGCUUCAACCUAUGUCACAUUCUCUGCUUCUGCUCUUGCAUCAAACACCAUCGCCCGUUCGAUCGUCGGUGCUGUUUGCCCCCUCUUCGUUGAACAAAUGUUUGACGGUAUGACUAUUAAAUGGGCUGGUACCCUCCUCGCUGCGGUUGCUACUGUCCUUUGCAUUGUGCCGUUCUGGUUCUACUACAAAGGAAAGAGUUUGCGUCAACGCUCAAAAUUUGCUUUCAACUAUGAAGGAUAAAUAAAACAUUCAUUUCCAUUUUAUAGACUACUUCUGUAAUAUUUACGUUUAAUACACUUCAUACCGGA